GCGAGUAUACAAGCUUGUCAUGUUUUGUGCUCAUUAUUAUUGAAUACAUGUCUAAAACACGGCCUGCUGUGAUUCCAUUAGCUAUCCUGAUGCUUUACGGUGAUUUUCCAAACAUAUCACCAGUCUUGAUGGGACAACAGCUGAUUCAAGAGUAUCGAUGUGCUGAGUUUAUCACAAUUUCCUCUUUUGAGGGGAUGCGAUUUUUCGAUCUGGACAGACGCGACAUUUGUAAACGAAAUAUCAGACCUGUCUUUGGAGCUUCCUUUUUUGUCGGGUGCGCCAAAAGUCUGUUUCUUCCCUCCAUGGCUGCUUCCGACAAUGUGUCAACAAGCUUGAAAGCUCUAGUGAAAGCUCAAGAGACACGUAUCGCACUGUACCGCGAGUUUGCCGAUGCGUACCACGAUUACCUUGCUGAUAAAUGUUCACCAGAGGAGUACUAUUCCAUUUGUAACAUCGUCACGGAAGGAUUUCAACAAGUCUCUUCAGAAAUACAAAAUAUCGAGCUUCGUAUGAAUGAAGAAUUCGCACGUCCAGAUAUUGGCCAACUGAUCCGACGAUUGCAAGAAAAAGAAAAGGAGAAAUUACACAACACGGUCAAUCUCCAAAUCUUAACCAUUGAAUCGCGUAAGAGCGACAAGGAUUACGUAUCCAGCAUUGAAGACCGGCAACAGAGAUUAAAUCAAGUACUGCAAGAUUUGCAAGAGAUUUGGGACGAAAUAAGGGAGGAAAUUGCUGAGGCAUCCAUUGGAUCGACAUAAAAAGA